GGAGAAGUGCGCGUUCGCGCUCACGAUCCGUUUAGAUGCACGCUCGUUCCGCACUCGCAUCCAUAGGGGGGGCCUUGACCGACUCCUCUUCGACUGUCAGGAAAGCGCACCGUAGAACGGCAGCCUUCGCGAUCCAAUAAACCUGUCUUUGAUCUGCAGACAAAAACUAGGCCCUCUCCCCCCAAAAACUGCGCGAAGGCGACUGAUUUGUGGGCAGAAACCAUGGCGGAAUCGGGCAGCAGCGCGGCGGCGGUCGGAGCCGCGGGCUCGAAUAGCAGCGCCGCCGGGGCUGGAGGAGCCGUCGCGCCCGGGGGAGCUAAUGGAGCGGCGGGAUCUAAGCCCGGCCUGGAGUCGGUGAAGGGACAGAAUUUUGACGUUGGCCCCCGAUACACCGAUCUCCAGUACAUCGGGGAGGGGGCCUAUGGGAUGGUCUGCUCAGCUUUUGAUAAUGUGAAUAAGAUCCGAGUGGCCAUUAAGAAGAUCAGUCCGUUUGAACACCAGACCUACUGCCAGCGCACCCUGAGGGAGAUCAAAAUCCUCCUGCGGUUCCGUCAUGAGAACAUCAUCGGCAUCAAUGACAUCUUGAGAGCACGUCGCAUCGAAUACAUGAGGGAUGUCUAUAUCGUUCAAGACCUGAUGGAGACCGACCUUUACAAAUUGCUGAAGACACAGCAACUCAGCAACGAUCAUAUCUGCUACUUUCUGUACCAGAUCCUGCGAGGGCUGAAAUACAUUCACUCGGCCAAUGUCCUGCACAGAGAUUUGAAGCCGUCGAACCUUCUCAUCAACACCACCUGUGACCUCAAGAUCUGUGACUUUGGGCUGGCACGGAUAGCCGACCCUGAACAUGACCACACCGGAUUCCUCACAGAGUAUGUGGCUACUCGCUGGUACCGUGCUCCUGAGAUCAUGCUCAACUCCAAGGGCUACACCAAGUCCAUUGAUAUUUGGUCUGUGGGUUGCAUCCUGGCUGAGAUGUUGUCCAACAGACCCAUCUUUCCUGGAAAGCAUUAUCUGGACCAGCUUAACCACAUAUUGGGUAUUUUGGGCUCCCCCUCUCAAGAUGAUCUGAACUGCAUCAUCAACAUGAAGGCCAGGAACUACCUCCAAUCUCUACCCCAGAAACCGAAAGUCCCAUGGAACAAGAUGUUCACCAAAGCAGACAACAAAGCCCUGGAUUUAUUGGACCGCAUGUUAACCUUUAACCCCAUCAAACGCAUAACUGUGGAGGAAGCACUGGCCCACCCCUACCUGGAGCAGUACUAUGACCCCUCUGAUGAGCCGGUGGCUGAGGAGCCCUUCACUUUCAACAUGGAGCUGGACGACCUACCUAAAGAGAAGCUGAAAGAGCUCAUCUUUGAGGAGACGGCACGAUUCCAGGCCAACUACCAGGGCUCCUGAGAGGGACAGCCGUCACGAAGAAUAACCAAGCAGCGUGGAGUCUCAGAUAAAGAUAACUCCAGACAACCUGCGAAAACAUAUACAUACAUAUAUACAUAAAAAAAACAAGAUAAAAACAAGAUAAAAAGUGGAAAAUGUACAUUUAAAAACUUCAGCUUUGUUUUAUCUGUCCAUCUCUCUUUCUCGCUGGGAAGCUGUGCGCUAGUUUGGGCUUAACAUUACAUCUUAUCGUAACGCCAUUAACGGGGGCCGUCAGACUCACUGUUCUCAUCGCAUACCGCACACAGCUCCUGCUCUCUCAAACAAUUGCAUCUUUCACCCUUUCUAUCAAUACCCUGCUUCUCUCUCUGUUUGUAUCCGUCUCUUUCUCUUUAUGUCUCUCUCGGGGGUAUCUCUCUGGUCUGUGUUCUGAGUUUUUUUUUUUUUUUUUUCAUUCCACAGAGAUGGAGAGAGAAAGAGAAUCUCUACGGUGGGCACUGACCGGUGUGUGUGUGUGUAUAUAAGUGGUUUUGAGUUUCAUUAGAGUAUUGUAAGUCGGCGAUCUGUUUGUACACUGUAAUUUGAACGUUACGAUCAGUUACAAAUCGUGUUUUGUAAUGUUGGGAAUUUAUAUUUGAAUAUCUUUUGAGAUAUAAAGUCAUUGCUUGUGUUUCUUUUUUUAAUUCAUUCGAAGACAAAUGAUGUUACAUUUAAUGAGCUUGGACUUUUUGUUUUCUAUCGCGAGGAGAAAGAGGUCUCGUUUUGGUUCUUGAGAAUAGAAGAGAAACAGCCGACAGGCAGGAUGAACGGAGGAAAGAGGGCGAGAUGGAAUAGUAUCAUCUGCUGUAAAAUAUCACGUUCUACUGUUGAGAACUGAGACUAUUUUCUUGCCAAUGUUCUUUGGGAAAAUUAAGCCAUCAGUAUCAUUUUUCUUUUUGUGGCUUCCUUUCCCUCUUUCUCCUCCUUUCGCUCGUCUGUUCAUUUACAGGAGGUUCUGUGGCGUGCAGACCUUCAUUGUGUGUUCUUCUGCAUUUUUUUUUUUUUUUUUUUUUUUUUUUUUUUUUUAGGGGGGUUGAUACUGAUUUCUUUGUGAAUAACAAUAGUUGUCAUUGGUUACCAUGUCCAUGGCUACUGUUGCCAUGAUUCCUUUCUGAUAAGUCACACAUAGUUCCCUACGUUCUGCCUUUGUUGCUUGCAGAUGUCGGUCCCUUCCUCUUCCUUUCGCAUCAUCCUUCUUCUCUCGUUUUGUUUUGCUUCACGGAGUGAUUGAGGAAUCAUAGCCAAGCUUAACACUUUCAGAGCCAUAGCACAUUUUUUCUCAUUCCCUCCCUGUGAUGUCAGAACUUUUCAAAGGGCUUUUCCACAGGGCUUGCUGACCUCAUGCCUCUCCUGCCUGUGAUUGGCUCACCUUGUGUUUAUCUAGACUUAUUCUGCAUGCGUCGUAUCUUAGUCGUAACUACCUGCCUUUAUAUUAUACGUUUUCGGUGAGUGUCGUCAUCUCUCGAUGCCGUUUUUAAUGAAACCGUCAUUGCUUCUGGCCAAUCAUGGAUGAGGAACGCAUGUUCGAGUGGGAAGAGUUAAAAUGGCACAUUGUAUAGCUGUUUUGCUUAAAUACAGGGUGUGAUUUGCAUAAAUUAAUAACCCCUCCCCCCUCCCUGUGUAAAACCCCAUUGAGACGAGCCCCAACUGCAGAGGAAAUUCAGCCCGCACGUCAAUCGCGUGACAUUUCUCAAUCGGUGCACCUGCACUUUGUGUCUCAUGACCAAACGUUUUCAGUUUUUAGUGCAAUUUAAUCUACUCCUGUGAGAAAAGUUUCCUUGUUUUCGUUUCGUUAAUCCCCCGCUUGUUAGGGUGAAGCAUAACAGGCAAUGACGGUUGGUCGCGUCCCGUGUCUGUGUCUGUGCGUCUGUCCUUUCCAACCAGAAGCUGCUCUUCUCUGCUUCCUCAUGAGGAGGGGAGAUCAUCCCGCUCUGUGAUCUGAGGGAAACAACUCAUUACCAAGAAAAAGAUUAUUUAUAUUAAUGUAUUGUCAAUGGCAAUGACAUGCUUAUUGUGAAUGGGACCAUGGGGACUGUCAGCAGUCUUACACACACACAUACACACACACACACACACACAUACACAUUUAAGGAUGUAUUUCUCACAUAUAAACCUGCACGCAUACAGUAUAUGAUUUCAAAAGCCUGCGAAGGAGGCAGAUAUCAUAAUGUCCUUUUUAAUGGCUGUUAUUAUGAUUAUUGCUGGUGUUAUAUUGGUGAGGUCUUUCUUUUUUAUUUUGAAAACUGAAAAGGGAUUUAAAAACUUUUGUCCUUUUUAAAGUAUGUUUUGCAUUUCUUUCAUUUUGUUCGCUUUGGGUGUGAAAAAUAAUUGGCUGUUCACUCUUUCUGAAGUCUAUUUUUUCCCUGAAUCUUAUAAGGAAUUAUUUUAAAAGACGAUUAAACGAUAUGGGUAGACUGUCGAGAGAAAUGAGCUAUGGAUGGUUAUAGUCUAUGUAUAUGCUUAUGGGUAUAAUAAAUUAAACAAUUAACAAAAACAGAAUUAUAUACAUAUAUUAAAUAAAAUUCCUGAUACUGUA